AUGGAUAUUAUGGUAGGGAUUCCUUUCAGUAGAGCGGUGGGAACAGCCAGGCGAUUAGACCUAAAGAUACAAAAAUGGGAAACUGUUUCCAUUCCACCUGAAAUUCUACCGGGAGCUUCUCCAGUAAAGUGUAAGGCCCACUUGGAGACUCGGUUCACUGGCAUUCCUGGGUUUCCAGCGCCCUCAACAACCCAGGCUUCCUACGAGGAUGCACAAAACCGGGGGGCGCCACUACCACUCCCCCAACCACGACCCAGGGCCGCAGCCCAACUUCCUCCGCCUGAGGACGCUGGGACUAAAGGCGUGGCCGCCACUUCCACAGAGGGGCCUCCGCCCCUUCACCCGCCCGGCCCCACCUGGGCAGCUUCCGGCUGUUGGGGGAAGAGGGACGGAAAGAGGAGAGUCCUCGAAACCUUGGAACCUGGGACGGUCUGGAGGAACCCCAUCCCACUUACCGCGAGCUUCCAGGAUAUUUGGGGAAAAUUCAGCCCUGGAGAAGGAGGAACCCCCGAACAGAAACAGACCAUGAGCCUCCGAAACAUGACAACCAUGACUCCGGAAGUAAACCAUGAAGGCCAGCACCUCACUCUAAGUCGGCUACUCUAGGAUACCUGGAGGCCUCCUCAUAUCGUAUGUACUGAUCAGCAAUCCUGAGAUGGACAUGUCCAUGAGGCAGCUUCAUGAAUCUGAAAGGUGCGAGGAUCUCCAGUCCCUCAGACUGAGCUAACAGGCAGCAAGUGAAGUGUUCUGCAACUACAUUCUUCUCAGGGAAUAUGAUUGCCUAAAGGAAAAUGACUGAAAGUCCUGACAUAUUUUGUUAGAAAACAUGGACCUAGAGGGAUUUAUUUGGACAGUGCAAAGAAAAGUAAAGGUGAAAAGACAAUUUAAAAGUCCCAUAA